GAGAGAAAGAUUUCGCUCAAAUCCGAGGCAAGAACUUUCUUUUCGAGCAUUGAGUUUUUCUCCUAAGGGAGGCCAUUGUCACUGAAUGGCAUUGAGCUUACCUCGAGCACUGCUGAAGAGUUCCCCGGUUCCCGCAAAUGGUGUCUGCUUAUCCACUCGAGAUUCUUUGCAAUUCAGCUGGGAGUCGAGGCCACGUCCAAGUUUUGAGGCAAGAGCGAGCAGGGGGUUCAAGGAGCUUCUCCAGAGAAGCCGGAGGGGUAAAACGGACGAACAGGCUGCGGCAGAGAAAGAAGAGGGCGGCGCUCAAGUCGAAGACGAGAAGGAAAAUCAAAGUGUUUGCCCGUGCGGUGGAGGAGAACUGAGGAAGAGCUACGAGUCAUGCUGUGGUGUUCUGCACGAAGGAGGAGCAGAACCGGAUGCGCUGGCUGUGAUGAAGGCGAGAUUCAGCGCUUAUGCACGAGGAAACUCGGACUACGUCGUGAAGACAACCCACAAGGAAAACGCAUGCUUUCAAGGUGGAGAGGCCAGGCUUCUAGCGGACGUAGAAGCAACCUGUCGAAAGCUCAAGUUCAAGCGCUUGGAGAUACUGGAUUUCCAAACCGAGAGCGAGGACGAGGCAUUCGUUUCAUUCAAGGUGACAUACACUCUUGCCAGAGGAAGCCGCGCGAACGAUCGCAUCAAUAAGUUUUUGCUGGAGAGGAGCCGCUUUGUUCGCAGCGAGGGUCCGGAAGGAACCAAGCGAUGGCUUUACAUCGAAGGAAUUCCUCUCGGCAGGCCUCAGUAGGUUGUCUUCGCGGCAAAGAAAAUUUUAAAGAGUACUUAAGGAGGCUA